UACAGCUUGCAGGUAAAGGGUUACAGAUUCUAGGAAGUAUUAAAUGCAAACUUUAAAGGAUUUUAUUUUCAUCUACAGUCACAUGACGCCUUAAUACCCAAUGACACUAACUACAGUGUCUCAUUAAGAGGUCAUGCAAACUCCCAAGCUAAACAAGGCAUUCUUACAUAUUUAACAUUCAAAUGCAGAAGCCAAGCUAAGCCAUGGAAGAUUGUAAUCAGAAAAAAGCUACACUUCCCGAUCCACACGAAAGCUACAGGUUCUUUAAACAGGAGACAGAUUGCUAGCAUUUUGGGCUGAAAUCUGGAGUUCUCUUUGAUCCUUAGGGCGAGGGAGUCUCUUUUCUUAUGAAAAGUGCUGGUCGACUUCACACAAUAUUAUACAACAGAGGAACUGCAUACAGUGCUUGAAAACUUCAAUGUGGGAGCUCCUAAUAGAGCGGCACAAUAGGUGGAUCAGAGCAACAACGGUCCAGCCUGUGCAAAGAAAGCAGCAGCCCGUGCACACUUCAAGCAGAGGACAAAUACAACUUUAAAACACAAAAACCUAGAAAGGGAUUCAACAGCAGCACUAGAAGGUUAUUUUGGAAUGUGAAAACUACUUGCUGUUUGGAUCCAUGACAACCAUGUAGAUACUAUUCACUCACUUCAAUGAUCUACACCAACAUGGAUCAAGACAUUUAAACCGAACCUUUCAAGCAGUCGAUGGAGUACAAUCUGAAAGAUUAAAGAAAAUCCAGAUGGGGUGCAGGUGCUGCAAAAUGAUACAAAGCUAUAUUUUUGAUCCAGAAGAAGUACAAUCGCCUGGAUGCAUUCAUGAAGUAAACAGCUACAAACGCAAUGAGCAAGGCAGCAAUAAAGCCAAAUUCAAAGAGAACAGUGAAAUUCAAGAACACAAAAAUGAAUUCCAGAAGGAUGAGCUAAACAGAACAGAAAAUAAAACCCAGGUAAAUAGCACAAAAAAACCUCUCUGCAACCACGAAGGCAAUGAUUUUCAAGAGGAUGGCCUUGUGAAGUGUGUUGCAAAGCUCGAUGUUGCAGUCAAUGGUGGCAAUUCCUGCACUGGAGCGCACGCCAUGCCCAAUCCCAACACAAACCCAGUGAAAGAAGCCAGUGAACAGGGACCCUCCAGCCAGUCAGCAGAGUCUCCUUCAGCCAGCAACAGAGACUUACACACCAAAUUAAAUAGGUCUGGCCAAGAACUUGACCUAGAGGCAGGCAGUCAGAGGAAGGCAGCCUGCAAUGAGCCAAACAGUAUUCAAGAUGGGAACUCCCGGUCUGCAGAUGACAGCAUCUUUCUCAAAGGAAGUGCAAUACUGGAAACACAAAACAAUGCCAUACAACUGCCAGAUGGUGAUUAUCCCCAAAAUGGCAAUCAAACCAGGAACUAUGUUGAAAAAGAUAGUUUUUCAGUCAACUGUGCACAUUCAGAUCAAAACACUGUGCCUUCAGCAGUACAGGACCAGGACCCUUGUGUAACCCCAUCUUUGCCUAUGCAGGAGAGCAGUAUUGAACCUUUUAAAACUGACUCUGCAAAUUUGAGUGAUGGCAUUCCUGGUGGUAUCACUACCAUGGCUGUAGCAGAGGCACCCACACACCCCAACCACAAAGACAUCAAUGGAGAAAUUGAGGACGAAGAUGCAGAAGUAGCAGCAGCUCUGGCUGCACUGGAAGCUGCAACUGCAGGGGAAGACCUGGAAGAUGACUAUGAGUACUAGAUGAAGGUUUCUUUCUAAUACACUGGGUAAGAUCCAGAUUUUAUUUCUGGAUCUAUAUGAACACAUGUACAGCACAUGUGGACAGCUGUUAUGAACAGCAUAUGUAAAAGGAGUUGGGACUAAACCUACAUCCCUUCAGCUGUUUUAUACAGCCUUUUAAUUUCUACUGCCGAAGGUAAAGAAGUGCUCCCUUGGCUAAUUGGUAAUACUAACACUCUUCUCUAUGGGACCAACCAGGAGGGCAAAGCAUCAUUCCUUCCACACAGGAUAUUCUGCUGUAUACCCACCUCAUCUGGACUCAUGCAAAUGGUUCCUUCGGUUUUGACCCUCAAGAGGGUCUGUGCACACUGCAUGUUCCAGGUUCAGAAAACUGCCAUUAUUUAAAACAGAACUAUAGAAGCCAUGGAGCUAGAAACCACAGAUUUUCAUCAUGUUAGCAUAAAAAAUAAAACUGACCCAAAGUUCUAUGAUCUAAUGAAGUAUUAAAUACAGAAGGCAGCUUGGCUUGCACUUCACUGCAGUUGCAGUUCCAUUCCAGUUUAAGCCUAAAUCUGUGCAUGUGCAGCCUGCAUUAGGAUGAUAACUUCGCCUCUUCCCUUACACCUCCCCUGGACUUUGUUUAAUACCCUAAGUGACCUGCUCGAGUUCAUUAAAACAGCAGAAUCCUAGCCAAAUACAAAAGAGUGGGUAGCUUUCUGUUGGUUUAGUAAGCUGAAGUAGCUCACGUAAGAAUUGCACACACACUAUCAGAGGUGCUGGAGAGGGAUCAAAACUCAGUACUACCAGUUUGGAUAGAUUAAAACUGUUGUAAAACUACAGCCUGAGACUUCUCAACUCUGCUAAAUUUUCUAGGCAUACAUCACUUGCCUUAACAAUACAGUUUGCAAACAGGUUGUAUCUCAAACUUCCCCAGCAAGAUGCGUUUUGUUCAUAUACAAACAGCAAGAGCCAGUGUGGACCCAUCCCUGGCUCUGCUGCAGUCCUUAAACUUACAGUAGGAAAGGGAUUGAGCUUCCAAGUUGAAUUAAGCAUAAGAUCUGAAAAUACCAGAGCUGCAUUCCUGGAGAGUUUACCCUUUCUCUCAUCUUCAGACUAGCACGUCUAGUUUGCCUCCCUCCUUUCUUAUGGGAAGCAAAGGAGAGAGACACCAACCUGGUGCUGCCAUUUCAUCAAAAGUGGGAUCUUAAUGGUUGAAAUAGAAAGUGCUUGACAUUUUAUACUGAAAUUUUGUGGUUUCUGAGUCUGUUAUAAACUCUUAAUAAAUUUUUUUAAUCA